UGUAAUGACGUCAGUGUAGAGCUGUCGCCUGUCGGUGUUGUUGUGCUCCUCGGCAGCGGCAAACAUGGACAAAACCUCGCAGAUUGACAACCUGGAGAUGCGGUUCCAGGCGCUGGAAGGUCGCUUAUACGGCGACAGGAGAAACAGGAGCGGAAAACCGGCCAAGUGUGCCGAGUCGCUGAGCAGGAUCCAGGCGGCUCUGGCCAACACCGCCAACAAGAGAGAGCGAGUGAAGAUCCUGCACAAGAAGAUUGAAGACCUGAUGAAGUACCUGGACCCCCAGUUCACCGACCACAUCGCCGUCCCUGAUGCCAUGAAGCUGGAGUUCAUCCUCGCUGAGGAGAACUUCCUGCUGUCCCAGGCCGCCCAGCUGGAGCAGGUCAGCAGCCUGCAGCCGCUGCUGGACAGCAGCUACAUCAGAGAUGUGCCAGAGCACGCCACCAAGCUGCAGCGCCUCUCCCAGAUCCACAUCAAAGAGCAGGACCAAACUGAUGCUCAGUCCCAGGAGGUGAAGAGGCUUUUUGAAGAAUACAACAAAAUGAUGUUCCUGCUGUCCAAGCAGUUCACCCAAUGGGACGAGACCCUGAGGAAGCUGGAGGAGGCAAAGGGCAUCCGGCCUGUGGAGUAGCAGCGCACACACACACUCACACACACACACACACACACACACACAGCUGACCAACAUGAUGAUGAUGACGGCACUUUGGUGGGGUCUUGAGCACACUCAUGUUUCACAUGUAGUUUGUUCACUGUAGAAAUGUCUGUUUUGAAUCAAAUAUUGAGUCUUGGCAUCUUAUUUUCCCCCAAACAAAUCAAAAACCACAUUAUUCCACUUCCUCAGUGCAAACCAGCCUCUUUCAGCAGCUGAUUGUGACUGUGAUCGGUGCUGAUAGUUGUUUCUUGAGAAUCUUUGAAACUGAAAACUUAUUGGAAGAAGCUGAAAUUAUCUCCGCCCAUCUGGCAGAUAUUUCCACCUUUUUUUUAAAUGGAGAAAUAAGAUCCAGAGAUUUUAUUACAUGCUAAAAUGAUUCAUUAAAUAGAUUUUUUUUUUAUCUCUGUUGAAGGUGAAUUAAACCUACAUAUGAUUUUCAGGUCUUGAUCGGGUCUUAAUGGGGGAAAAAAUGUUGAGCUGGAGAGUAACAUGGCGUAGUGGACAUUUUUAACACCAAAAAAACCAAACCCCUGCCAGGAAGCUGAAGGUGAAGUUUGGAUUUUUUAAGAAGGAAAACCUGAAGGAAGCGAGUCUGUCAGCAUGAACGAGAUGAGAGGAAGUGACUCCUCAUCAUCCUGCUGCACGCUGCUCAGAUUUAUUUCACACAGAAGAGCUUUUUGUCCUCAUUUAUUGAUUUCACAUGUAAUGCAUUCCACCCCUGCUUCUCUGCUGCAAGCCAGUCACAAGACACACACACACACACACACACACACUCCUCCAGGCUUUGUAUUUUCAUCUGGAUGUCUGUUGAACCGAUGAACUGGAGUGAACUUAAAGUAAACUAAAGUUUUCCUUCCCAGUUAUAAAGUGUUACAUGUACCGUUCAGCAUGACUGCAGCUGAUGCAAUAAAUGUCACUACUGUUUCUUUUCUUGGA